AUGGCACGCGGACUGGCUUGCGCUGGGGUAGUCAGGACUGUAAGCAUCGACAGCAGCGUCGCCGGCCAAAAACCCAUCCAGCAAAAGAUAGGACUCCCUAACAACCCCAUCAACAUCAACGAGUACGCAACGUGUCCGGAACGACAACCAGCCGGCACAGCCAGGUACAUCUCCCAGCUGGAGCGCAACAAUGCAGCCGGCUUCCAGGGCAAUUGGGCGUCGAGUUACUCGCUGCACGAUUACUUUGCCAACAUCCUCGGCAAGCCCGGCGCCAACGAGGGUGAGAACCAGCAGGAAGGUAGCGUGUCCGGCUACUGGCCGAAUUCCGAGUGGCUGGUCUACCAGUACUACCAUCUUAACAUGACAGGUCAACGCCUCCAGACCACCGCGUCCGGGGACGAGAUCUGGGAUAUGUACGCGACCUACGAUAGUGAGACGGGCUUCGUCAAAGUGUUGGCUGGGAUCCGAUAUCAUCCAGGGACGUAUAUCAUUACCAUCAAUAACCUCACUUCGGUAGGGCUGCCCUCGUCUGGGUCCGUCUCGGUUCAUACAUACCACUUUGACUGGGAGAACAAUAUUUUUGAGAACGAUGGCUUCUCGCCAGCUGAUCAGGGCCCUUCGGUCCACUCUUACAUGGGAGGAUCGUUGACUUUUGGUGUGGGUGCUUCUAACUUGACGGCGUAUGCGUUUGAGUUUAGUUACAAGUGA